AUGUGUCCACCAAGUGCCAUCAAAGAGAGACCUCGGGGAGAAUCCGGUGUCAUUGUGAACCUCAAGGCAUAUGUCUUGCUUCAUUGUGUAGACUACUGUAAAUGCCUCCGCGCCCUCGGGAAAGGGGCUUGCGGCAGCGUGUUCCUCGUCAGCUACAGCGGGGCGUCUUGCGCGCUCAAGGUAGUUAAGGCCAGCAAGAAGACCGCAUUUACUAGGGAGGUCAAGAUAAUGAGGCGGCUCGCGGGCGCAGGCGGAGCGCCUCUUGUCCUAGCGGCGUGCCCCGAGAUGCCUGCCUUCAUCAUGACCUACUGCGGGAAGGUGACUCUCGACAAAUUCUUCAAGCAAAAGCAGGAGUUUGGCACAUGCAUCAAGGUCGUUCGGCUUUUGGCCAAGGCCCUGCAGGAGGUGCACGCAAAGGGCGUCGUCCACUGCGACCUGAAGAGCAACAACGUCCUUGUAGACGUGGACGCGGAUGGCAAGCCCACCGGCGUGCACAUCAUCGACUUCGGGUUGGCCCGCCGGCCCGGCAAAUCCCUCAAGAUGAGGGCCCCCGAGGGGUAG